AUGAGUACCAGCCAGAAAAGAGGACAGAUCACCAAGCUAAAACCAAGACCUCUUGGCUUAAAAGAAGGACUGACCGAGAUGUACCAGGGGGAGCUGCUCUGUGACGUUACGCUGGUGGCCGAUGGACAGAGGUUUCCAUGCCACAGGGCCUUGCUGGCAGCCGUGAGUCCUUAUUUCCGGGACGUCUUCGUCCAAGGUGGGAAAGAGCUGGAGGGGUCGGAGGUCCAGCUGGAGAACGUCCCUCCCUCCCUCCUGCAAAGCAUCCUGAAGUACAUCUACACGGAGGAGCUCGCGCUUACGGCCGAUCUGGCUCCGUCGCUCUUCACCGGAGCCAGCCAGCUGCAGAUCAUCCCCUUGGAGACCGUCUGCUGCAGGUUCCUGGUGGCCAAUCUCUCGGUCCAGAACUGCUUUGAGAUGUAUUCCUUAGCCCAGGUGCACCACAGCAAGCCUCUCCUCCACGCGGUCCUUCAGCUCCUGAUCCGGAAUUUCGAGCAGACGUUCGAAGGGGACAAUUUCCUCCGACUGGACCCCAACGACCUCACCGCCAUCAUCUCCGACGACGGGCUCGAAGUGGCUUCGGAGCUGAAGGUCUACCAGGCGGUACGGCGGUGGGUGCAGGGCGAGGCCAGCCAGCGCCGACACUUCCUCGGGCAUCUUCUGCAACAAGUCCGCUUCCCCCUCUUGGGUCCCGAGGAGCAAGACAUCCUCCGGGAAGAUCUGCUGAGAUGGGACGAUUUCGGUCUCGAACGGAAAGUCAUGGACGGCCCAGAACGGUUGCGAGAAAGCUGCGGGCUGCGCCAAGGCAUGUACAAGCCGCACAUCCUCUGCAUCGACACCCAGAUGUGCGAGUAUCAGCAGCUGGAGAGCGAAGAGGCCCAUGUGAGCUGCUACGAGCCGCAGGCCGAAGUCUGGGAGAAACUCCCCGGCGUGCAAUCGUUGACCCACGCUUGCUGUACCUCCAACGGAGACAAGAUCUAUCUCUCCGGAGGCGUCCACAAGAACGCGUACUCCAACGCCGUCUACGAAUUCGAUGCCUUCACCAACCAGUGGCAGCAGCUCCCGGCCAUGGCGGUGCCCCGGGCAGCCCACGGCUUCGUGUUCGACCGCCAAAAACUCUACGCCAUGGGAGGCUGGCGCAGAUUUCAGAGUUUCCUAAACCUGGCCGAGACCCUGGACCUCGACACGGGGAUCUGGACUCCGAUGGCCAAGUUGCCCUUCGCCCUGAGCCACCCGGCCUCCAGUGUGUUGCGGGAGAAGGUGUACCUCCUUGGAGGCGCCACCGGGGUCUCCAACCACUGGCUGUUCCACAAGGGAGUCUUGAUCUACGUGACAGCUUCCAACACGUGGACACAGGUCCCUCUGGCGACGGGCUUCUUCGCGGCGGGCGCCGUGGCCGCCGAGAACGGCAUCUACGUCAUUGGGGGUUACACCGAGAAGAAGAACGAGGAUUGGCAGGAGAGGGCCCUCGUGCCGGAGAACCGCCACAGCACCCGUAAAUGUUUCUUCGUCAACGAAUCCGGCAAGGUGAACCCCAACGUGGCCAUUCCCAAGCUGCGGCGAGGCCUGGCUAACGCCGCGGUGGUUCGCUGUGGCAAACGGAUCUACGUGUUGGGCGGAGAAGAUCUCUCCCAGCGGUACAAAGUGAUCUAUCACUGGCAGCCGGGCGAGUCCCGCUGGCACAGGGCCAGCGCCGAAAUCCCGGUGCCGCGAGAAGGCAUCAGCAGAUUUGGGUGCGCGACGCUGCUGAGACCCAAGCCUCACAUCCUCCAACUCUUCCAAGUGACGUCGGUGGUCAUUGUGUCGGCGAUCGCCAAAUCAUAG